AUGGCUGUUUUCUGCUCUUUUGCUUUUCCAGCCCAGCCUAGUGGUGAAGUGGCAGCGCAGCAGGGAGGUUAUGAGAUCCCAGCCCGGCUCAGAACUCUACACAACCUGGUUAUUCAGUAUGCCUCUCAAGGCCGGUAUGAGGUAGCUGUGCCGCUUUGUAAGCAGGCUCUGGAAGACCUGGAGAAAACCUCCGGCCAUGACCACCCAGAUGUUGCUACUAGAGUUGCUACAAUGCUCAACAUUCUUGCCCUCGUCUACAGGGAUCAGAAUAAGUACAAAGAGGCAGCUCACCUGCUGAAUGAUGCCUUGGCUAUCCGGGAGAAGACACUUGGUAAGGACCACCCUGCUGUGGCUGCAACCCUCAACAACCUGGCUGUGCUUUAUGGCAAACGUGGUAAAUACAAGGAGGCUGAACCUCUUUGCAAGAGAGCACUGGAGAUCAGAGAGAAGGUUCUGGGGAAGUACCAUCCAGAUGUGGCUAAGCAGCUGAAUAACCUGGCCCUGCUGUGUCAGAACCAGGGCAAAUACGAGGAAGUGGAGUACUACUACCGCCGAGCCCUGGAGAUCUACGAGAGCAAGCUGGGGGCUGAUGAUCCUAAUGUGGCCAAGACCAAGAACAAUCUGGCGACAUGCUACCUGAAACAGGGGAAGUUUAAGGACGCAGAGGCUCUGUACAAGGAGAUCCUGACCCGUGCACAUGAGAAACAGUUUGGAUCCGUUAAUAAUGACAACAAGCCCAUCUGGAUGCAUGCUGAGGAGCGGGAAGAGAGCAAGGGUAAGACGAAAGACUCUGGUUUCUAUGGCGAGUACGGCAGCUGGUACAAAGCCUGCAAAGUGGACAGGAUCAGUAAAGGCAUUGAUGCAAUUAACCAGAGUAAAGUAGUUGAGCUGCUCAAAGAUGGUGUCUCUGGUGGAGACAGACGACAGAAUCGAGACGGUCUGAAUGGUCCUGGGGAUAAUGAGGGAGACGAGGCUGAAUGGAAUGGGGAUGGGAAUGGUUCUCUGCGUCGGAGUGGCUCCGAGAUCCGGGAUGCUCUGAGGCGUAGCAGUGAGAUGCUGGUGAAGAAGCUGCAGGGCAGUGGCCCACAGGAGCCACGCAACCCAGGGAUGAAGAGGGCAAGCUCUCUGAACUUCCUUAACAAGAGUGCAGAGGAGAGUUCACAGGAAGCAAACAGUGGCCUAUCAGAAUGUAGAGGACUCAGCGCCAGUAACGUGGACCUGUCGAGGCGCAGCUCCCUGAUUGGCUAGACAGUGAGGUUGGAGGGUUGGGCUCUGAAAAAAGGGGAGGACCCAGGAGAAGAGGCUGUUUUUGCCUUGUGGAAGUGAAUCUCAACCCAUCACUCUUGUUUAAGUCAUUCAUCUUCAAAUCAUUUUCCUAGGAAAUCAUUUAAAAGCAAAAGCUUCUUUAAUUUGACAAAGCUGCUGUACUUCCAAAUAGCUGUCUGCUUCGCUGUAAAAUUACGCUAACAUCGAUCAAAUUAUUAACACAUAUAAACACAUUAAUAGUAAAUUUUGCACAGAUUAAGCCCAGUCCAGAACUGAACUGAACAAAACUGCACUGUUGGUGGUUUGAAUGUCCUUUUAACAAUAAUAAUAAUAAUAAUAAUAAUAUUCCUUUCAGUGUUAGAUCAGGCUUUAAUCUGUUUAAAUACAGGUUAAUGCAAUACAAGUUCAGCAUGCUGCUUACACUACACUACACUACAGGAUGUCUGUCUGCACUGGAGACACCUAGUAGUGUCUCAGUCAUGGCAUGGGUGAAAAUAGAAAAAUGAAUUAUGAAAAAAAAACACGUUAGAAUAGUUUAUCAUAUAACAGUGAAUCAUACGAGAAGCAUAAUGUAUGUAAUUAUAAACAUUUUACCUUAAUUAUUAGCUGUGAUCAGUUAUGUUUAGGGAUGAGGUACUCUUUCAGAGUGUGUGUGUGUGUGUGUGUACACUUCACUGAUAGCAUGGGUGCUGUGAAUGCUAACUCCACACACACGGACACACGCACACACACAGAUCACAACAGUAGUACGAGUGGUAAAAAAACACUUGACUUUUGACUUUAACAAGCAGAAAAAAAGAUUUUCUUUUUAAAAUUAUGAGUAAAAUACCUCCACUUUAAAAUGAAAGAAAGGAAAAACGUACAGAAAAAACAGUAGUGAUAACUGGUAAAACCUCACUUUUGCCUUCUGAUUUUUAUGUAUAUACAGGUUUAAAUUAUUUAUUGUUUUUUCCUUCUUUGUAAAUAGCACACAGGGUUUUGUUUACACAGUAGGAGGUGGUUCUCGUUGGACGUAACUGGAAAGUUGAUUUACGAGACGAAAGAAAUAUGGUUUCGUUACGUUUUCAAAAUGCUGUUUUGUUUUGGCUGUGAAAAUCAGGUAGGGAGAAUGAAACUGGACGAGAGGCACGUCGUGUUUACCUGAUACUUUUCCUGUUCUUUUCCUUCGAGACCUUGGUACGAGCCAAUGUCCAAAAUGAUGUUAUAAAACUGGACUUUGUGUAUAAAUGUGUCUCUUUAUUUGGGGCCCACGGUUUACCAUUCUUGUUUGAUCUCCUGAUUUUAGUUUUUGUCAUAAAUUUAUGUUCUGAUGGCGGAUUGGUUCUGUCAGUUGGGUAUAUAAAUGAUAUCGAUGGUUACUGAGUUAUUGGGAUAUGUUUUUUUUGUUUUUUGUUUUUUGUGUAGGCUUUCUUUGUUGAGUUUUUUUUUUUUUUUUCUCAGCCAAAAUGAGCUAGUCUUAAAAACGGGGCCAAUGUAGAAUUUGUUCUAGUGUUCAUUUGGCUUGUGACUGUGAUACAUUGAUUGAUUGGUUGAUUAAUUGAUUUGUUGCUCAGAGCAGCACAGUACUCAUGCUAGAUCACGUCAUGUGAGGAACGCAUUAAACUGAAUGUCUGUGCAGUCGUUUGGCCUCAUCAAAAAAAAUAAUUGAAAUUACUAUUCUUUUGCACUUCACUUAAAUUUAAAUGAAAUUAAAAUAAUACUCAACUAGAGUGAAAAGGUCCCUGGUUGUACCUAGCCAUACUGUACACUGUACAACAGGGGGCAAGCUUUAUUGGUGAAUGUUGAUUGACAUGCUGAAUGAAGACUGUGCUACAGUGCAGAACAGAAGCAGUGUUAAUAGAAAAUGUUAAUAGAAAGGUGCUGAAAGGUACCGGAGAUGGUUUCUGAUGUUCUUAGAAGGACCUGUGAAUGUGUUAAGAGUUGAAGGCUGUUGGGAGUUGAAGGGCCAAGAAAGGUAGAAGAAAGGGCAGAAAGGAGAUCAGGCUAGGAUAAGGAAUAGAAGAAGAACAGAUGAGUUUACAAACUUGCUGCAUUUGUUGUUUUUCACACUGUUUUUGUCUCAUAAAUCUACUACACAGCAUUUUUAAUGGAGAUUUUUAAUUAAAAUAAAAAAUAAAGUCUUUGGCUAGACUUAAUCCCUAUGUUUAACUGACCCAUAGUGUUCAGAUGCACUCUGCAGUUUCCCAAUUUCUGUUAACACUCUUGAUUUAUCGAGUGGUGGAGGUCAUGUUGGAGUUAAAACACUGCACUCCACAGAGGGACCAUUAAGGUACUUAUUAAUGCUUUGUUUCCCAGCUCCCCAUAGAAUGUGACCAUGCAGGUGAUCUGUGAUUCUUGGAGAAGUCACAUGAGGAGGUGGCAGAUAUGCUCUUCUUCUCUUUAAAGAUGGGUUUCGGUUGUGAUUGGGCCAACGUCAUGUAUAUUUCAUAUAAAAGGUUCAAAAGUAAUAAAUAAAAAGCUUCACUUUUCAAACCAA